AAAAAAAAGAAGAGCGGCUCUCCGAGUCCGCUGCUCUCACAGACAGGUUCAGCUGACGCGGCGCGCAUUGGAGACGGAGGUGAGGCUUUUCCGUUCCGUCUUAUUAACACCACCUAACGGAUCAUCUUUACAUUCGCGGGUUCUGUCAUGUGGCGGCUGCGCGCGCCUCUCCGUGGUCAUCGGCUUCAGUUCUGGUGACCAAUGUGGCACCAACUCCUAUUGAGUUCGCUAACAAAUGACAGAAAGCAAAAAAGGCAGCCGGAAUUGUGUUGGCGGCUCCAUCUCCGGGGGGGUCCGCGGUUGUGAGGCUUUGCCCCCGCUCCCGGCGCCGCUCCCCUGUCAAAGGCCACAUUGUGUCCGCUCUCCUGCGGACCGGACCGGACAGCUUGAUUUCUCCUCUGGCCUCUCCCGGAGCUUCAUCUGCUGCAGACGUGAUGGUUUGAAGUCCAGGUGGGAGCUUUGUGAAGACCGCCUUGUUCAGGUCCUGCGGUAAACGGGCUGCAUGAUACAUCUGAGCCUUAUAUAGACUUAUCUUGUAUCUACUUCAUGGUACGAUGGAGCUCCUGGACCUUGCCUCUGUUUCCAUGGUAACCCUGUAGCAAAAGAUCCGAGCCUGUUGUCCUGGCAGCCACAUGAAGAAAAGUUUCAAUUUGUUGCCAUGACAGUGCUGUGGAGACGCCUCGUAAAGUCGUAAACUCGUUGCUAUGGUGAUUCUGUAGCAAGCAAACCGUCACCAUGGGAACGUCUAGGAUGUUUCGCUUCUUUGUGAUCUUGGGAUCAGCUUUCAUGAUCCUCCUGAUCAUCAUCUAUUGGGAUGACGUGAGCGCGCCCCAUCAGUAUCUGCACACUCCAGUAUCUCCAGGCCCUAAGGUCGCACAUCCGCCCCCCAAACCAAGGCCCCACACUUCCCGGACCCCAUCCUUUCUAUCCGACAUUGAUGCUUUUGUCAACCAGUUCCUGGAGCCAGGCACUGGGGAGCCCACUGACACCGCUCCGGCUGACACAAGCAACCAAUCCGAGAAGGCGGAGGAGCGCUACAUCCCGCGGAGGGAGUGGAAGAUUCACCUGAGUCCAGUCGCAGCAGAGCUUCGAGAGAGACAGGAGCAGAGACGGAGGCUGCUACAAGAAGUGUGUGCUAACGAGAGCGUGGCGUUUCCUGGCAAAAACCGUUCAUUUGAUGAAAUCCCCAACAAGGAGCUAGAUCACCUGAUUGUGGAUGACAGGCAUGGCAUCAUCUACUGCUACGUUCCAAAGGUGGCGUGCAGCAACUGGAAACGCAUCAUGAUAGUCCUCAGCGAGAGCCUGUUGACAGACGGCGUUCCUCAGAGAGACCCGUUGGCGAUUCCCAGGGAGCUGGUGCACAACAGCAGCAUGCACUUCACCUUCAACAAGUUCUGGAAACGUUACGCCAAGCUCGCACGCCACCUCAUGAAGGUGAAGCUGAAGAAGUACACCAAGUUCCUGUUCGUGCGGGACCCCUUUGUACGUCUUAUCUCUGCCUACAGGAAUAAAUUCGAGAUGCCCAAUGAGGACUUCUACCGCCGCUUUGGGCAGGUGAUGCUGCGUCGCUACGGCAACCAGCCCACUCCCCCUGCCUCCGUGGACCAGGCGUUCUCUCUGGGCAUCCACCCGUCAUUCUCCCACUUCAUCCAGUACCUCCUGGAUCCUCAGACGGAGACGGCCAUGCCUUUUAACGAACACUGGCGCCAAGUCUACCGGCUCUGUCACCCGUGCCAAAUCCAGUACGACUUUGUGGGCCAUUUGGAGACGGCGGAGGAGGACGCCGAGCACCUCCUGCGCCUGCUGCGAGUAGACGAUGUGGUGGAGUUCCCCACCUCCAGCAGGAACCUGACAUCCAGCAGCUGGGAGUCAGACUGGUUCAGCAUGGUUCCUGCGGAGACCCGGAGAGAACUCUACAAGCUCUACGAGCCGGACUUCAGGCUCUUUGGCUACGACAGGCCGGACUCCCUCCUCAACGAGUGAAAUCCAGACUUUUUUGUAGGAAUCCUUCCACACUUUCAGCCACAGAAAACAUGCUGACAAUGCUUUGUCACAAAAGCAGAAGCACACCAAUUAGGGCAAACGUGUUCCUGAAGACGGACCUUCAGUGGGAUCACAUGUCAUGGUCAUAGAAUGUUGAUGGCACAAGACGGCUUUUACCUCUCUUCUUGCACAGAAACAGGAAGUGCGGACAGUCAGACCAAACCACCAACAUAGAUUAGCUUGCAGAUGUAGUUGAACUGUUAUUACUAGAUGUCAGAUAAUGUAUUUCAUAUUGUUAAGUGCAAUGUUCUUAGCAUGAAAACGACAUUAUUUUUGCCCAGAUUGGAAGACCAUGUUUACACUCACCUAAGACCAAAAUACUUCUUUAUUUAUUUGAUUUUUUUGAUUUUAUGUUGAAUAGAUUUGAUGCAUUUGUCUACUUUCAGAGCCACAAUGUAGCCUCUGCAUAAAGAAGCACAGCAGCUCCUGCAGGCAGCACAAAAGGCUGAGGACCUGGAUUUACCUCAGCGUGGGUUCCACAAGCUAACCUGAAGCCUUUGGGUUUCGACAUCUAAAUCUUUAAAGGGAAUCUUGCAAAGCGCAUAUUUACUGACCAUGCAUCACUCCAGAAGAUUUGAGCUGAUUUUUAUUUAGCAUUUAGUAAAGGGGACUGCAGGAAUUUGAACCGCUGAGGACAGUGCCUUUGGUUGCAAAAGUUUACACAGCGAUAAAAUUACAAGUAUUUUUAUAGUUCUUCAUUAUUACUAUUUGACACAUUGAGAUGUUUGUUGGAGGUGCUAGGAGGACAUUUCUUUGGGACCAAUAUGAAACUGAGCAGAACUCCAUGUGACCUACACUUGAUGUAUGUUUUGUGCUCCGUGAACGUUUAUAAUGAGCCAUUGUCCGCUAACAUACGUGCUCUACGCCUCCUCAUUGGUGGACAUGAUGUUUGUGUCAUCUCUAGGUCUUUGGCUUCUUCAGUUUUGGAUCGCGGAGGAGCAUUCCGGUCGAUCCGCACCUCCUCAUUGUUUGUGUGAGCAUCCACAUUUGUUUUUGCUGUUUUUCUGUGCCAACAGAGUCCAAACGGAAGCAGAUUUCUUAUUGUGACAACUGAGAAUAAAACCUUUGUACAUGCUGCUGGUGCAGAGCGGAGAA